GUACCCCCGCUGUCAUGGCAACCAUCCACACCUCUGACCGCAAAGACCUGGCUGAGCAUCUACUACUACUACUUUUGCCACUCUUUUUUUUAUCCAAAACUCCAGCUCGUCAAGAGUUAGAAAAUGUCUGAUGGCGGAUCUGAUGGUUUUGAUGAUGAACAAAGUAAACUUGCGGUAAGACGCUUUAACAAGCCUUCUUUGUUUAGUAAGACAGUGGUUCUGAUAACGUAAAGUGACUAAAGCUAAUAUAAACGAGCAUCAGGCUACAGAUUAACAGUUGGUUCGUGUCUUUUUUGUGCAUAUAUGUGAGAGUAAGUUAAAAGAAGUUAUAUUAUGGAUGUUUUUGUGUUUAUACUACCGCUGCAGGAAUAUGAGGGAGAAAGAAAUGAAGCCGGAGAGAGACACGGAGUCGGUAAAGCUGUUUUACCAAACGGAGACGUUUAUCAGGGACAAUAUGGGAACGGACAGAGACACGGAGAGGUGAGACAAGUGUGUGGAAACAAGAACAAAGUUUCACCUUAAAGGCAUGGUUGAUGAUCUUAGAAGCAGUUGAAAAAAACUGAACCUCUCCCGUCUAACUCCCCCCUGAACUUGUAUCAGCCUCCCCACGACACACCCCCUCUGGCAGACCAAGAAGCCGACUGGUAAAAGAUCGUACACUUGCUUUAAAUAGGAUUCACCAUGUCGGAGUGCUCGUGACUAGCGGCAGUAAACAACAACUUUGCUAGCGAGUACCGUCUGCAGCUGCCUGGACAGCUACCAUGUUGACUUUGCAGAGACUAAUAAGAGUUAUUUAUGCAACAUUUGCCACGAUAAAAGGCAAAAAUUACCUGUACAAUGAAAACGUUGCUGUCACGGCGUCUGUUUUCAGGCCCAAAUCCUGGCGGAGCUCUCCACCGCUCAAGAUUCCACGCUUGGUCACAUUUCCUCUUCGCCUCGGCCCUUUCUCUUGUCUGCUUGCAUUUUCUUCCCACUUUUUGGCGGUGGGGCAAGCAGAAGUGGGUUUUGUUUUUGCGUCCUUCUCCAUCACAGCUUCUAUAACUAAGCUGCUAUGCUACUUUUAGCCGCUCAGAGUUCCGAGGAGAGCCGGGAGAGUGGGAGGGGACGAGUCGACACUACAGAAGAGGGGUGUGUCGAAUACAGCCAGGUGAUUGGAUGGAGAGGCGGAGCAGGAGAUUGACCAAUAGGAGCUGUCCUGGACGGAUGGCUCCCAUUGGUCAAUGUUUUCGCAGCCCUGCACCUGAUAGGGUGAACGGAUUUGAACUCCUGUAUUUAUAUCAUAGACAGUAUAUAGUAUGGACAACCUGGUUCUGCCUACCGUAUACGGAUUUGAAGCCAAAAAGCUCUCGGUAUUUCCGGGAUUUUUCUUCAUUUCCUGAAACCAGCGCUGUGCAGUAGCGUUGUGCGCAUCGGGCCGCGCAGUCGCAGAGAGUCACUGUGAUGAUGCCCUGCUCAAACAGCGUAUCCCCCGGGAGAGCUACGCAAUCCCUGAACGCCCAUAGGCUGUAUCAGGUGUCAAUCAUAGCAAACAUGAACCCCCUAAUAACUUUAAAAAACUGAGCUUCCCAAAAAAAAUAGGACUUGAGCACAAACCAGUCUUACAAUAACUACAUGUCAACAUUGCAAGCAGGGGGGAGAAAAAUUUAUGUUCUGUAUAAUAAAUUUCUAAAGUUGGUCCACAGCCCCAUAAGCUUUGCUGGCAGAGGCGGGAUUUAUGACCUAUACUGCAGCCCAUCAACAGAGGGUGCUGUUCUCGGAGUGGCUUCACCCAGCGAGGAGGCAGACGGCGUCCAUUCUAUAUACAGUCUAUGAUUUAUAUUUACUUUUAUGGCCAACAGGGGACAUAUCGUUUCAAAAACGGGGCGAGAUAUGUAGGCGAUUAUUACCAGAACAUGAAACACGGACAGGGCAUCUUCUACUACCCAGACGGCUCUAAAUAUGAAGGUAUGACAAAGUUUAUGUUUAUGUUUCAGGCCCAGAUUUAACUCAGACACAGAUAGAAAUACCAAACUCUUUUUUCCUCUCCCUCUGAGUCUUUUUGUUGUGUGUGUUUUUCAGGCUCAUGGGUGGAGGAUCUGAGACAGGGUCAUGGUGUCUAUACUUACCCCAAUGGAGACACAUAUGAUGGAGAGUGGAUGCACAACUUGAGGUAAACCUAAAGCUGUAAAACCAGGAGAUUAAUUUGAAUCUGUAUGACUUUACCUUGUGACUUCAGUCAUAUCUUUUCUUUUUAUUUUAAGUUUUAUUCAUUUUAAAAGUCACUUUUGAUUCAUUUAUGACAACAAAUACUCAGCGUUCAUUGCUUUUUAACACAAUUUUCAGUGAAAACUCAGAAGCACACUCAUUGCCAUUGUGACUUUUUUAUUUCUUAAAGGUGCAGUGGCUACAAUUAGGUUUUAUGCUCAAAAACCACAAACCACAAAACCACAAACAACCUUCUACUUUUUAGAAAGACCAAAUGUUUCUACCAAAUUUUGGAAGUACUUUCAUUUAAAAAAAACUGAUUUCUAGGCACGGACAGGGUAUUUACCAUUACCAUGAAACUGGCUCUAAGUACAAAGGAUCAUGGGUAAACGGCAAAAUGGAGUCCGGUGGAGAGUACAUCUAUUCCAACCACAGAUACAAGGGGAACUUUGUCAACAACUAUGUGAGUCCCAUCCCAGUAUACUCUUCAAAAGUUUCUCUGCCAUUGAUUGAAAGAAAAUAUUACUUAUGUUUAUUCAUUUGUUCCUCAAGAAAGAUGUUUGAGUAAAGUAUGAAACAGCUGCGAUUUCAUUACCUUAGAUUUACAGUGUUUUUUUCUCUUCCUUUAUUGUUGUUUUCCAGCCGUGUGGCCCGGGGAAGUAUGUUUUUGACAUUGGUUGUGAGCAGCACGGAGAAUACCACCAAACAGAGCAGGUAAUCCAACACCAACUCAGUCUGACUGUUUCAGCUGACUGAACGCCUGCUGAGUGUAUGUACUUAAUGUCAUGGUAAAGAUGUGGGUUAAAAAUGCUACUUUGAUGACACAGACAAAGUUUUAAUCAAAACAACUGUCUUGACUCCAGCCAGCAAGUAUUGAGGAGGACGGUAAAGAUGUAAAGUCACAGAGGUCGCCUUACCCGGCCUCCAGGGAGGGGUAUCAGACAUAUGGGGCUCUGGGAGGAGCAGAGGAGGUGCUAACAGUGUGUUUAUAUACAGUCCCCUAUUUCCUGUAAUGACGAUCACUGAGUUGUCUUGCAUGAUGGUUUGAGAUUACUACAAUUUGAGAGUGUCUCUUCAUGCACAUUGAAUCUCUUCUGUUGUUGAAUACGCUUUCUGGAUUGCUGUUUUUUAAGCAUGCACUAGUCUCUGCUCUUAUUGCAUGUUUGAUUUGAAUGCAUGAUUUCAGUGACAAACUAAGAUCUCAAACUUGCAAAAGGCAAACUGUUUGCAGACAAAAGGUUUGACAUCUUUGAAACAACAUUAGAGUUGCAUUUUAAGAAUAACUCCUCCUCAUCAGUUACCAAUGAGGUCUCUAUCUUUAAUAUAUCAAAUAAUAAUGCAACUCUUUGCUUAUUUGUGAUGUGAAGACAGGCCAACAGCCAGGUUGUCAGUAGUUAUCAUCAGCACCAUGUAAAACCAACUUCUUGUGGUUUAAUUCACAACCCUUUGAAUACAGUUUUGUAUUCAGCACAUACAACCAUGGGUACCCAUGUCUCCUUGUGCAAAUCAUAUGGUUUAGAUGUCACAGUAGAAACAUGGAUAACAUGGCUGAGUCAUUUAUGUGUCAUAUGCAUACCAAAGACGUGUGAGUCUGGUGUUGAAGAUGUUUUCAUGAGCAUGAUAAGCACACACCUAUUCCACCUCUCCAAGAAUCUGCAGCUUCAUCUCUCUCUCCCUCCUGUUUUUACAGCAGGAACAGGUCGAGGGCGAGUGGGGUGAGUUGGCCUCUACCGCCGUCCUUAAGUGGGUCCCAAAGUGUAUCACUGGUCUGACACCAUGGACUCCAGACAGAGACUAUGCAGGUGAACUAUAAGGAACUAGCAUACUAGUCAUAGGCAGGGCAAGAGGCAGAUUUAUGCAUAAUAAAUGCUUUCCUGGAGCUACAAUUGAACUUUGGGCUGUUGUUGUUACAGCUGUAGUUUGUUGUGAUGUUGUCAUUCAUCAACAUGAGAAAUCAGUUUAAAGAAUCAAACAGUUGUAUUGUGUUGUUUUGUCAGGAGGUGAAAAGGAAAAAGCUCCAGCAGAGGAGGGCACAGAGAGCUAACCUGUGUGGUCAAAUCACAACCCUGUAUCUUUACCCUUCUGUUUGGAAAUAAAGACAUGUGUAAAUGAACUGA